CUCCAUUUCAUCACUCUCCAAACAUCAAUCACAACCACAAUCAUGUCUACCGUCGAAGAUAAGAGCAACAUUGCCUCAGGGCACAAGGCCAACCUCAGCAACCCUAACACCUCUGAGGAAUCCAAAGAGAACAGCAGGAAAGAGCUUGAGCGUCUUGGCGGAGAAGAUGCUUUCUACGGCAAGCAGGGAGAUGAUGCCCCAGGCGCUGGUCUCGGCGGCGACCAGCAGAUUCUAGGAGGCCACAAAGCGACCUUGAGCAAUCCCAAUACUUCUGAGGAGGCCAAGGAGCACAGUCGCAAGAUUCUUGAUGACGCUGGCGAGCAGUAUGAGCCUAGGUCUUAGAUACCUUAGCAUUACGACGAAUAUGAAGAUUAUCCAUGAAUUGGAUGUCCUUUCCGUGUUGAUGACCUGAUCGCGCAGGGUCCAGUGACACCAGC